CAGGUGCUUUGCUGAACAUUUAAAUCUGAGCUCAACCAAUCACAGUUGUGUAUCAGCCGUUUUCCUCAAUCAUGUCGGAUUUGAAUGACAACUCUUUGAACAUAAAUUUCUUGAAAGAAUCUGUGUUGAAGAGGCUCUGUGAGUCUCUUGACAAGGCCAACAAUAAGGGAUGGCGAAAACUGGGGGAGAUUGUGAAAAGUGACAAGCGAUUCAAAGUGAGUCUCGAUGAUAUGGACAUGUGUUCUCUGAAGGCUUUGGAGGCGGAUGGAAGUCCUUCCCGCAGUCUGCUCAAACUCAUUGGAGAUCAAGGAUGUAUGGUGGGUGAACUGGUGGAGUUUCUACAGAUCGUGGGUCAUACGGAUGCCCUGCAGUGUCUGAAACCUCCAGGAAUUCAAAUCCUCGUCCAGCCGCAGUCGGUGGCUGUCAUUGCUGGACACAACCUUCGUCUCAGUUGUUAUGCUGUUGGUGCUUCACAUGUGCAAUUCCAGUGGUUUAAGAAAACGGAAGAGGUACAUAACAGCUCCUCCCCAGACCUUGUGUUCAGUCCAGUCCGGCUCAAAGAUGCAGGGUUUUACAUCUUGCAGAGACAAUUUGUUCAAUGA